AUGGCCACCCCUAGUGUCCUCGCUUUUGACGCUGAGGGUCGGGCCAUUGAUUUUGACGUCUGGAUAGAUGACCUGCAGCUUUUCCUACAGUGCGAUAGGGCGGACGGUCUCUCUCUCUUUGACCUCACCUCUGGCGCCUCUCGUGCCCCUGCUGAUGAUGCUGACGCCAUUGUUUGCUCACCGUGGGCCACGCGCGAUGCAGCUGCACGUCUUGCUAUGCUCGCUGACCUCAUUACGCACUUCCGCACUAGUGACACUCGCUACCGCGCUGCGCUUCCUGCUGACUUCUGCGCCAAGAACCCCCCCCCCAUGUACAUCACUCUCUACUACAUCGUCAUCCGCCUCCCUGACUCCCUUCGCGUAGUCAGGGACCACUUCCUUUCAGUCUGUCCCACCACUCUCACUGUUGACCUCCUCGAGAAGGCCCUCUUAGCAGCGGAGAAGAGUAUAGUUGCUGUAGGAGCCUCUCGUGGUGACCCGCGCACCCCCAUCUUUGAGGGUCGGUCGGUGCGGCGUCUACCCCUAGCGGGAGACGCCGCCCUGGCAAGGGCAAGGGGGGCAGGGGCGCUGGAGGAGCUAGCGGGGGCGGUGGAGGCGGCGGUGGAGGCGGCGGAGGGGGUGGGGGGUGGUGGAGGGAAUGGUGGCGGGGGUGGAGGUGUCGGCGGCGGCAGCGGAGGCGGCGGCAGCGAUAGCGGUGGGAGCGGAGGUGGUGGAGGUGGCGGAGGUGGAGGUGGCGGAGGUGGAGGAGGCGGAGGUGGAGGAGGCGGUGGCGGAGGCGGAGGGGGAGGAGGUCGUGGGUCUUCGCGGAGGAGUGGCUCCAGUGGUGGUCACCGCCAGCAGCAGCAGCGCAGUCGGGAGACCCUGUCCCCUCAGCAGCUCUGUGAGUGGUACGCUGCACGCCAGCAGGGUGGGGGUACCGGUCCGUCCACCUACGUCCUGCGCACCGGCGACCAUGCGGGUGAGCAGUGUGGGGGUGUGCACCCCACCCAGCUCUGCUUUGGCCGCCUGGCGGACGCUUGGCGUCACCAGUUCCUAGAGUCCACUGAGAUCCCUCGCUCGGGCGAGCUGUCUAGGGCAGGGGUAGCUAUCUUUGACCUUGACUUUGAUGCUAUUCUCUCUGCUAUGUAUGUUGUGUCUAUUAGUGAGGAGGGUGACUGUUACCAGUGUUUUCCGCCCGACCCGGGCAUUGAGACUACUGCUCUAGGUGCUGGUGACGCUGCUGCUCUUGGUGCUAGCGAGGCUGCUGCUCUCGGUGCUAGCGCGUCUGCUUCCGCAGGUGCUGGUGAGUCUGCGCUCUCAGCUGCUGUCAUGGCCACCCCCAAUGUUCUUACCUUUGACGCUGAGGGGAGGGCCAUUGACUUUGCCGUCUGGAUUGAAGACCUGCAGCUGUACUUACUGUGUGAUGCGAUAGAUGAGGUCUCUCUCUUUGACUUUGUCUCUGGCGCUGUCCCUGCCCCACCUGCUGAUGCUGACUCUGCCGUUCGCUCCAAGUGGGCGACCCGCGAUGCUGCUGCACGUCUUGCUGUGCGUCGCCACCUCCCUUCCUCUGAGCGUGCCCACUUUAGUCAGUGCAAGACCGCUCAGGCCUUGUACGACGCUGUAGUUGCACGCUACUCCUCCCCUUCCUCCGCUACCCUUAGCCGCCUCAUGCUACCGUUUCUCUUCCCUGACCUCGCUUCCUUUCCCACUGUCGCUGACCUCGUUACCCACCUCCGUGCUAGUGACACCCGCUACCGCGCUGCCCUUCCUGCUGAGUUCCGCGCUGCGAACCCUCCUCCCAUGUACAUCACUCUCUACUUUCUCGUCACCCGUCUCCCUGAGUCCCUUCGUGUCGUUAGGGACCAGUUUCUCUCUGUCUGUCCCACCACUCUCACUGGGUGUGGUCCUUCCCCCCUGCUGCCCUCUGUCGCCUCUGCCGCUGCCGCCGACCUCAGUGGUUUUGAGUCGGUCGGCGCGGCGUCUGCCCCCAGCGGCAGACGCCGCACUGGCAAGGGCAAGGGGGGCAAGGGAGCGGGUGGAGCUAGAGGGGGCGGUGGAGGAGGCGGUGGGGGUGGCGGGGGGAGUGGGGGUGGCGGUGGGGGUGGUGGCGGGAGUGGAGGUACUGGUGGCGGCGGUGGAGGCGGAGGUGGCGGCGGAGGUGGUAGCGGAGGAGGCGGUGGGAGCGGUGGGAGCGACGGUCCUGGUGGGGGAGGUGGAGGUGGAGACGGGGGUGGCGGUGGAGGCGGGGGUGGCAGUGGAGGCGGGGGUCGGAGUGGCUCGUCCCAGCGGAGCAGCUCCGGGGGUGGUCAGCGCCAGCAGCAGCAGCAGCAGCAGCCGCAGCAGCAGCCACAGCAGCAGCAGCGCUCUCGCACCGUCCCCGCCCCUCCGCAGCUCCGUCCCCCCCGGUAG